UCUAUGUGAGAGGCCCUGAGGCACCAAGCCAUGAACACAAAGACAAGAAAGAAGAUGAGAGGAUUCAUGUGCCAGUCACCGGCAGCGACGGCGGUGUGCAUUACCGGUGACACACGGUCAGUUAUAGUGCCGAGGAUGAAGCCGGACAGAUCAUCGGUGGGGCGGCGUGCCCAUCAUGCCAUGCUCAUCAACUCAUCAUCAUCCAAGUACACUCGCCUCGUUGAGUCUCAGAGGUUCUCUCCCUUCCCAACUGAUAAUCAUCCUAGACCACCACUGCCAUUCUCAUCUUCCUUCCUCAGAGAUCGAGAACGGAAACCCUCUUCCACUGCUUGCACUUCGUUCACUUCAUCCACCUCUAACCCCAUCUUUCAGGUGGUAGUUAUGAGAGUAUCCCUUCAUUGUCAAGGUUGUGCUGGCAAGGUGAAGAAACAUUUAUCUAAGAUGGAAGGAGUGACAUCUUUCAGUAUAGAUUUGGAGUCAAAGAGGGUAACUGUGAUGGGGCACGUCUCACCUGUGGGAGUUCUGGAGAGCAUAUCAAAGGUGAAGAAAGCAGAGUUCUGGGGUACCAAGGAAGAACAUUAGGUAUACAAAGGAAGGAUA